GGUUCCGGUUCUUCUUCUCCUAACCGUUCCGGUUUAAUCCAGAACCAGUUCUUCUGCCAUGGUGGAAGAAGGAGGAAGAAGAAGAAGAAGAUCCUCUCAACAACUAGUUCUCCUCCUACUUUUACUCUCCAUCUUCCUCUGCUUCUCCGUCGCGUCUCCUCGAGCUAUAUCUGAUUCGGAUCUGUUGGACGAAUCCGUCGCCAACUCCUCCUCUUCCGUCGAAUCUCUCAACACUUCUUCUUCUCUUGUUAAACCCAAGGAAGGUAGCUUCGCCGACAUCAUCGAUCGUGCUCUCGAAAAAGAGUUCAACGAAAGCGACCAGAGUGAAGUGGCUGAUCCUGGAAGCUUCAAUAACAGUGUAGCUGGACAACAGGCUGUUCUGGAAACUGUAGCCAGAGUAAAGUCAACCAAGAAAAAUGAGACAAAAGAGGACAAGCGUUUCCAACUCCAUGAUGUUUUCAAUUUGAACAAUGAUAACAGAGCUGAGGACACUCCUACUCUCAUUGAUCGAAAAGACAAUGUCUUCAUCAUAUCCAAUUCCAAAUCAAAGUAUCCAGUAUUGCAGCUAGACUUGAGACUGAUAUCGGACCUGGUGGUUGUCAUUGUAUCUGCAACUUGUGGUGGUAUCGCAUUUGCUUGUGCUGGACAGCCGGUAAUAACUGGAUAUUUGCUAGCAGGAUCUAUCAUUGGGCCUGGAGGAUUGAACUUCAUCAGUGAGAUGGUCCAGGUUGAAACAGUUGCCCAGUUUGGUGUGGUAUUUCUGCUCUUCGCUUUGGGUCUAGAGUUCUCCACUGCUAAGCUUAAAGUUGUUCGAUCAGUUGCUAUUCUGGGAGGCCUUCUUCAAAUUCUUCUAUUCAUGUUCUUGUGCGGAAUCACAGUGUCGUUAUGCGGUGGUAAACAUUCGGAGGGGGUAUUUGUAGGAGCCUUUUUGUCAAUGUCCUCAACCGCAGUGGUGCUGAAGUUUCUCAUGGAAAAAAAUUCAACUAAUUCUCUUCAUGGCCAAGUUACGAUUGGAAUCCUAAUUCUUCAGGACUGUGCUGUGGGUUUGCUGUUUGCUUUGCUUCCCGUUCUUGAGGGAAAUUCUGGCAUUGUUCAUGGAAUGUUGUCAAUGGGAAAAGUGGUGGUUUUGUUGCUUUCGUUUUUGGCUGCUUUGUCAAUAUUAUCACGGACAUGUGUUCCUUGGUUGCUGAAGCUAAUGGUCAGCUUAUCGUCACAGACAAAUGAACUCUAUCAGUUAGCGGCUGUUGCAUUUUGUCUACUUGUAGCCUGGUGUAGUGAUAAGCUGGGAUUAAGUCUUGAAUUGGGUUCUUUUGCCGCGGGGGUCAUGAUAUCCACUACUGAUCUCGCUGAACAUACAUUGGAGCAAAUUGAACCCAUCCGUAAUUUAUUUGCUGCUCUUUUCCUAGCCAGCAUCGGGAUGUUAGUUAAUGUCCAUUUUCUGUGGACCCAUGUGGAUAUACUGUUAGCCUCUGUGAUAUUAGUAAUUAUAAUAAAGACAACUAUAGUUACAAUCGUUGUUAAGGGAUUUGGAUACAACAAUAAGACGGCUCUCCUGGUUGGAAUAUCUCUGGCUCAGAUAGGGGAGUUUGCCUUUGUACUGCUUAGCCGUGCCUCCAAUCUUCAUCUUAUCGAAGGGAAACUCUAUUUGCUUCUCCUCGGGACAACCGCUCUAAGUCUGGUUACGACACCGCUGGUUUUCAAAAUGAUACCAGCAGUUGUGCAUCUUGGGGUAUUGUUAAAGUGGUUUUCUCCAGACAGUACUAUAGAGAAAGGGGAAAUUGUAAGAUCAGAAAGCGGUAAACAACGGAUGAUUCUAAUGUCACGUCAAUCCCACAGCUCCUAAUCCACAAUUGUUUCUUCUCAACUGAAGUUUGGUACACCAAUCAAUUUUGACCAAAAAAAAGUGGAAAAGAGAAGAGCUACAGAUUUUAACACUAACAUUGUUUGUUUCCUGGGAGUAUAACUAACCCACCAUCAAUUUGUUUCCCCUGUAAUUAGUAUUGUUUCUUUUACUUUUUUUCUUCAUGGAAGGAAUGUGUCAAAAAACAAGUUUGAUUCUU